AAUUUAUAUAAUAUGCAUGAGAUCCUUUUUGUAGUAGCUAACAUUAAAAACAUGAAUAAAAUAUUGGAUAAACCAUUUUGUUGAGCUAUUUGGAAUGAAGAAGAGGAUGAAGAUACCUCAGGUAUUACUCCAUCAAAUUGGUUAGUUACUGGAAGCUAUAUUUUGUGGCCACCUAACAACUAUCUACAAGUGAAAGAUGCAUUUCAUGGAAAAAGAGAGCCUAAUUAGUCAUGGAAAAAAUUUAAACUGGUUAAAGUUAAGGUUUUUGGAACAUACGAGUUUUGCUAUGACUUAUGCAAUACACAAGUUGGGUGGUUUUCCACAGACAACGAAAGUGUCUCACCAAUAAAGAAUAAAAUAAUUAAAAAAAAAUAACAGUCAAAAUAUUAAUGAGUUUCCUACUCCACCAUCUCAAAUAUAUAGUAAUCAAGAUAACAGUCAAAAUAUUAAUGAGUUUUCUACUCCACCAUCUCAAAUAUAUAGUCAUCAAGAUAACAGUCACAAUAUUAAUGAGUUUCCUACUCCACCAUCUCGAAUAUAUAGUCAUCAAGAUAUUUUGUAAGCAUGGACCAUUUAACCAAGUUAAGUCUCAUUUGCCGAAUUUGUGUGGAGAACAUAUAACAAAAGACUCAGUUGAUGUGUGUAAAUAUUCUGAAAGAAUUGGAAAUACUUUUUAUAUAAACACCACCAUAGACAAUAAAAAUAUUCUACCACAAAAAAUGUGAAGGAGGUGCUAUAUCAUUAUGAGGAACAUUGAAAAAGGUUCUAGCACAAGUCUUAAAGUAGUAAAAUGGCCAUCACCAUGUCCAGACAUAUGUUCCUGUUUCUCCAAAGUUUCUGGAAGGAAAGUUAAAAAAUGUAAAGCUGGUCGGCCAUGUAUAAUAGAACAAAAUCAGAAGAGAUGGACCAGGCCAAUCAUUAAUAACUUAAUUGCUAGUAUACCAAAACAAACAUUGCGUUUAAAUGCAAUUGAUAUUGAUCCUGUAGCAAAUCCCCAUUUAGACUUAUGUAUAUCCCAGUUAUGCAACAACAUUAUGUAUAAGCCACUAAUAUUAAAAGAGUGUCAGCAUUCUUUUUGCUCAGAGUGUUUAUUCAGAGAGAUUGAAGGAAAGCUGGAAACAGAAGCAAAAUGCUUUAUUUGUAAUCAACACAUUCUAUUAUAUACAAUUUUAAAUUCUGUUAAUGUAACACUAUUGAUAGAGCACAUUCUUUUAGGUUGCAAUAAGAAGUGUAAAUUAAAAUUUGCAGUUAAAGACAAUGACCUUAAAAAAUUACACGGCAUUUAAAGAGAGCUCAGAUGUUAGUAAAAGGACAAUUAAGAAAAGACAAAAAGCCGUUAUAAAUUCUUUAAAUGUGAUCUCUGGUAUGUCCAGCACAUCACAACUUCAGCAAACUUCUGCUAUUUUGAAUUCAUUUGAAGUAAAAGACCAAGUAAAAAUAUUGAAGAUGUCAAACAUACCUUUAUCUGUUAUAAGUGCUGAGGAAAUGAUUAGUAUGAAAGCUCAUAUGGGAAUAACAUAUUCAAACAUGAAGAUACUUGCAAGAUGGCUCAAAACCAAAGAUAUAGUAUGUGCAUCAAAUAAAAAGCAACGGAAAGUAGCUAAAUCCUGGUCUGGAGAGGAUUGGGUAGUUUGUAAUGCUCCUUUUAACUUUCUUUUAAAAGACUCCAGUGAUUCAUUUGAAGUAAAAAAUGCUCCUUGGGUAUAGAUUAAAGAUCUUCCAUUACAUAUAAUAAACAAACUCAACCUUCUGAAAAGCAAAAAUUUGCUUAAACAUUCCAAUAUAUAAAAUGACGAAAUUCGCAUCAAAAUUGGUGGUGACUAUGGCGGUGGAUCUUUUAAGAUGUGUUACCAAAUUGUGAAUGUUGAUAAGCCGAAUUCCAGAAGAAACACAAAUAUUUUAGUAUUUUUGAAGCAAAAGAAUACAAACCAAACCUUAUUGUGGGUCUCUCAAUGUUCACACAACAAAUUAAUCAAUUGCAGUCAUUGUGUUGGAAGUCGACAUGCUUGCUUGUUUUGUCAUAUAACUCGUUCAGGUAUGAAAAAGUCAGAUACUCAACAAAAACACAGUCCUUGUUCCAAUCGCACGCUUGAAACACUUGAUACAGAUCUCCAAAAAUUCAUUCAAAAAGGUCCAAUACCAAAGUUAGCAAAGUAUUGUAACAAUGUCAUUGAUUCUCCACUUUUCAAUAUUCCUUUAACACAAGUUGGCAUUUCAUUGUUGCAUAUCUCAUUGGGGAUUUAUCUUAAAUUUUUUAAUAUGCUGGAAGAUGGCUGUCAUCUCAUAGAUAUAAAAAUUGCAGCUAAAAUGUGCUUAAAAAAUCAGACUGUAAACAACAAGAGUUUUGAUGAAUAUAUUGUAAUUCAGUUAAGAAUAUAUGAAAAAGAAAAAGCUAUUUCUGAAUAUUGUGAAAAAAUAACACUUAUUCAUGAAGCAAUGUCAAUUCAAGUUCUACGUUCUCCUGAAAAUAAAGAAUAUCUAUAUGAAAUCUUUCACCCCAGAGUAGUUCAUUUUAUGAAAAAGAAAAAUGCUAAGAUUAUUGAAUUAGAAGAGUUAAAAACUAAAACAUUUGAAAAAUCGCAUGGACCACUUGUGAAAAAACUUGAUGAAGUUCUAUGUGGGCUUAAUGUUCAAAGACAAGCUUACCACGGAAAACGUUUUAUUGGAAAUUAUGUUCAUAAAGUGUUAAAGUUAAACAGUGUCCUAGAUCUUUGCAAUUCGAUACCUAAGAUAGUAAGCGAUCUUGGAUUUAUUGAUACAGAUGUUUUUAUAGAGGCAAAAGCCUUGAGUGAGAAAUUUGUUGAGUUGUUCUCUAAAUACGCAAUAUGUUACAACUUUAUGAAUUCAAGUGAAAUAAUUAAUAAUAAUCCAUUAUUAGAGUUAGUAGGAGCCAUUGGAAAAUUAAUAAGUUACUUUCGUAAAACUUGGCCGAAUGAGUCCAUUACGCCAAAAAUGCAUUUAUUAGAAAGUCAUUGUGCUGAUUUUAUUAGAAAUUGGGGUUUGGGUCUCGAUAUUUAUGGAGAGCAAGGUUUAGAAAGCAUGCAUGUUGAAUUCAAUAGUAUGAACAGCACCUUUUGCCAUAUGAAAGGGAAGCAAAGACUAGAAAGUAUUCUGUCUAAUCACUACAUCAAAAACUCCCUAGAAGCAUUGGAAAUUAGACCUACUAUUCAAGAAAGAAAAUCUUAUAAAAGAAAAGCCUUGUGAUAUUUAUUAAAUAAUUGUAUAUAUGAUUGUAAUUGCAUAACAACUUAAUUUUAAUGUUUAUUGUAAGAAAAAAUAUAUACUCUACUUCCAAAUAUAAUAAAUAUUUAAUAAAAUAAAUAGUUAAUCUUUUGGUUACUAGACAAAAACGAAUAUUUUAUUUCAUUAGAUUAGAUAGAUGUGUUAUUCCUUACGUUUUCUUUGACAUCUUGGAAAGUAACCAUAGUUACUUACAGAAGUUUUAGGCGGAAAACGUAUAUUUUUAUUUUGUAAAAAAAGUUCAAAAAAUCUACAAAAAAAAGUAAUCGGUUCUUCAAAAUUUGACAGAAUCUUUAAAUACCUUAACUCUUUCUCUUAAACAUUUCAGCUUUUCUCAAAAAAUUCAUUUAAGUACUUAUUUAUUAAGAAUCACUGACUUCCUUAAUAUUUAUAACUAAAGAAACUGCAAAGUUCUAGAAAUUAUAAAAGUUGGAUAAAUGUUUUUUUUAUAUAUUUUUUUUUCAUAAAAACUAGCAUAACUUAAUAUUUAUUAAAAUAAAAAAAUUUAAUUACUCAUUUUUAUCAAAAAGUAUAUA